UACCUGACUGUGUGCGUUCAUACAAGCGGGAACGACGAGCAUGCAGGUCAAAUCAUUUCCCUUCACUGUUUGCUCUUUGUAACACAAUUUAAAGGCAGCUGAUUGAGCACCGGCGGAAUAUCUGUGGGCUAAUAGUCAAAUCCAGGUCGAUCGACCUUUUUGUGCUUCCGGCAGAAACUCGUCAGACUGCGACAUUUCCCCCAUAUGACCCUGAGGCCUCAGUCCAGCGUAACAGUAGAAACAGCCACCAGAGGACGGUCUGGGCCGAGUGUUGUCCCUAUGGAGAGCACCCCGUCCUGGACCAGUGGUCCCAUUGAUGAAGGGCCAUACCAAGAGCGCUCUGUAGACCCUGUGGAGAUUGAGAUCCAGCACUUCGGAGUGAGGCACAAAGUCAACAAGGAUGCCAACGGCAAUACGACUGGGCCGGAGACUGUAAGCUUUCUCCCCUCCAAAGAGGAGCCCGUCUCGGGGACGUGUAUGUGCGGACCUUGCGCUUCUGUGAGUAGCUGCAGGAAGCUCUUUUGUAGCGUUUUGACUUGUGGACUGUACCGUGUGUGCCGGCGCUUGCCUUGUCUCCUUUCGAGCGAAAGCUCAGCUCCCAAAGCGCCGGUGGAGAACCAGUCAAGACCUCCACAGGCUGAGAACGGCUUCUAUUCCGACAUCCGCAUUGGUGGCGUCAAAGUGGACACGUCCGUCAUUGAAGAAGAUGAAGAUCACGUGUCAUUUUCCACUUCCAAAAUCGCGAUGGACAGUCCGAUUUACUUCAGUAGCUUACCGGAGGAUGACUUAAUCUGCGGCAGCGGGAUGGAAGACGUGGACAAACUCAUCACCCGGAAGCUCAUGGAGGUCUUCUCUGAGUUUGAGAUCAACGAGCUGGCCAAGUGCACCACGGACUCCAUGUUCCUGCGGCGUUCCCGGGAGAUCAGUCAGCUGAUCUCGGAUAUCGUGGAGGAGCACAACAUGGAGGAGCAGGAGGCCGAGUGCAGGCUGGUGCGAGAGAUAAUUCGCAUCAGCACACGCAAGAGUAAGAAGAAGCCGCAGGUCAGGCCGCAGGAGCUGCAGCGGGACAGCGGCAAUGACACCUGGAACAGCAAGAGGAACAGCCAGAAGAGCAGCUUCAAUUCCAUGAGCGAUGGAAAGUUGCAGAUUUCAAUGGAGAGGUCAGAUGACAUUGAAGCCAGGAAGUUACGCAACAACAGUAGCCAGUCUUUCUCUCCGAGUUUGCAGGAAACCGGUGUGCCGAUCACGUCGAACGCUCCUUUACUCCCCAGCAGCAUACGAGCGUGAGAGUGUCCCGUGCAUCAUUUUCAUUUCCACACCUCCAUAAACGAUGAAUAAUUUGUCUCUGUGAGGAAUAUGUCCUCUGGCUUGGAGUCAGUGGCUGAUUUUGAAGUAUACCCCUAAAAAUUGUGAUUUCAUGGGUAGUUUUUUUAACAUAUCUGAAAUGGUAGGUGUAUUUAUGCUUCUCAUUUUCAUAAUUUCUUGAGAUGGAUGUGUGAUGUAUGCCGUAAGCCGACAAAUGACUUGUUGAGAAUGAAGAAUAAGAAACAGUCUGACCUCUUUAUUGCCAGCAUGAUGCACAUAUACUGUAGGAGCUAUAUGGCCUGAUUCUUUCAUAGUGAUUUAACUUUCCAUUCAUUUCUGAGAUAUUUCACCCCAAAAAAUGAAACUUCUGUCAUUUAUUAACCCUCACGCCAUUCCAAAAUUGUAUAGUUGUCCUUCUUUCAUAAAUCACAAGUGGUGAAUUUGAGGAAUAUCGUGGCCACUCUUCAGUAUAUGGAAAAAAGCAGUUGUGUUGAUGGUUUGGUCACAACACAAUGGUUUUUGAAGACUUUUAAUGUAGCGAAUAAGUCAUACAGACUACUUUUUAAUGGUAUCCCCAACGAUUGGCCAGAAUAUUCUUCAGAAAACUCAGCUUUGUGUUGCACUGAAGAAACAAAGGGUGUGCAGGGUGAGAAAAAUGAAAGUCUUCAUUUGUACAUUUUGGACUUUUGAAUAGUGAACUGUUCCUUUACUGCUAAGAUGAAGAAUGUAUUGGUCAAAUGUUGGCACUUGAGUGAAAGUUUGGCUGUGCCAAGUUUGUUGGACCACACAAAAUGCUUUGAGCCGGAAUGAAUGUUAAAGAAUUUUAAAUGGGCCUGGGUGCUUAUUUAAACGUCCAUAGAAACAACUUAUGCACUUGCCAUAUGCAAAAUCUAGCAUAGCAUCUAAUCAAUGCUUUAUUUGCAUGUAUAUUUUAAUGGUGCAAGAGUAAUUUGUUAGGAAAAAAUGUUUUCUUAUAUAAGCCUGCUAUGUUUGCUUAAAUAAUAAUAAAAUUUCUGUUGCUUGUGUAGCCCCCUUAUCACUUUACCACUGGACUGAUAAGGGCCUGAGUUCGAAAUUCUAAUUGAUCCUUUGUUUAGCUGUCUUCUGAUGGAAAUUAUUACUAACCGAU